GAAACAACGUUUGUAUUAAUGAAUUGUGUCAAGCUAUUACAAGAAAUUGGAAUGACGUUCUAACGAGACAAGGAGGAGUGUUUUUAUAUCUGAAUAUGCACUCUAGGUGAAACUUGCCUUGUGACCCUAGCUGACAAAGGAUCACAAAGAAGUAAAUCAGUAUAGCCGUACAGGUUGUGACUUAAACCAAAAAGACCAAUAUACAAUUCCUACAAAAAAUCAAACUUGAAAUAUUGUGAUUACCCAACCAACUGUUCUGCCAAUUAUUCCUUCAAACAGUAUAAUUGAGACUUAAGAGCACCAUAAGUUUUGUCCCGAGCCCCACUAGAAUAUCUACUUGGCGUAUGAAUGGGUUGGUUGCAGCUUAUAAAUUCAAAAACAUUGACUUACUUUCUAUACCAACUCCCCAUUUUCCCACUUUCCACUGCACUUUCUCUCACUUCCUCCAACAAAACAGAAACUGUGUUCUUAUAGAAAAAACCGAAAUUUCCAAAAACAUGAAGAAAACAAGCCUCACCGCAGCUUCCAUGGCCGCAGUCUCCGCCGCUGCUCUCUCCUCUGCUUCAUCCAAAGCACAUACCUUUCACACGAAUGAUGAUGGUACCGGGAAGAAGAAUGGAAAAUCAUCAUCGACAGCAGCAGUGCCACCCCGGUCUGAUAAGUUUGCCCCGAGGUUUGAUGGAUUGAGGUUCAUAGAGACACUGGUCACUGCUCACAGAUAAAGCUUCAUCAAUUCAUCAGAUGAACCUGUCCUAUUUUUUCCAAAAAAAAAAAAGAAGUGAACAGUUCCCUAAUUAGUUCACGAGGAGGAAUCAGAACUGUAUGGUUUUGUUGUUAUCUUUAAGUUGGUCAUUACCUUUUUCAUCUUGCUUUUUUGAUGGGAUUUUUUCUUUUGGACUAGUUCAAAGUAACCGUAGAAUCUCUAAGGGCAAUUGGUAUGUCAGCAAAAUAUCACGUCAGCUUGUUGUGAUUUCCAAGGCUCUAAGCUCAUUCACAUUAAUGAAAAUUUACUUAGAGAUCA